CAAGAAUUGCGUUUACAGCAAGCCUAUAAUAUAAUGUUUGCUUCUUAAUUUUUUUGCCAUGGUAACACUGUGCCGCUUAAAGUGUCGCCUGUGUCGCUCAUCCAUUUCCGCAUGAAGCCGAUAUUUGUGUUUUGACAUAAAUAUUAUUCAAUAUUUUAUGUAUUUAGUUAUUUAAUUAACUUAAUUUGUUUUGUUCAAAGUUAGUUUUAUUUCAAGCCUAUUGAAAUGACUUGGGGUUUCGUAACAUGCGGGCCUAACGAGGCGCUUGUCGUCUCCGGAUGCUGUUACUCAAAGCCACUGCUGGUGCCCGGUGGGCGUGCAUUCGUUUGGCCGGCUAUUCAGAAUGUGCAACGAAUCUCCUUGAACACGAUGACCCUACAGGUGGAAUCGCCAACUGUUUACACCAGUCAGGGCGUUCCUAUAUCUGUAACGGGAAUAGCACAGGUCAAAAUCCAAGGUCAAAACGCUGAGAUGCUGCUCUCUGCAUGCGAGCAGUUCCUUGGUAAGAGCGAGCAGGAGAUACAACAUAUAGCUCUGGUGACCCUGGAAGGUCAUCAGCGCGCUAUUAUGGGCUCCAUGACAGUCGAAGAGAUAUAUAAAGACAGAAAGAUCUUUUCGAAAAAGGUGUUUGAAGUGGCGUCAAGUGAUCUCAUCAACAUGGGUAUUACGGUUGUAUCUUACACGCUGAAAGAUAUCAGGGAUGAAGAGGGAUAUCUGAAAGCGCUUGGUAUGGCGCGUACAGCUGAAGUGAAACGUGAUGCUCGUAUCGGUGAGGCUGAGGCACAGGCAGAAGCCAAAAUAAAGGAGGCAAUGGCUGAGGAACAACGUAUGGCUGCCAGGUUCCUCAACGAUACUGAAAUCGCUAAAGCUCAGAGAGACUUCGAAUUGAAGAAAGCCGCCUACGACGUUGAAGUUCAAACAAAGAAGGCUGAAGCAGAGAUGGCCUACGAGCUCCAAGCGGCUAAAACGAAGCAACGUAUCAAGGAAGAACAAAUGCAGAUCUCUGUUGUAGAGCGUACUCAGGAAAUUGCUGUACAGAAAUGGGAAGUACAGCGAAAGGAAAAAGAAUUGGACGCGACUGUGCGCAGACCAGCAGAAGCUGAAAAGUUCAAGUUGGAAAAAUUGGCUGAGGCCCAUAAGCUAAAAACCGUGCUCGAGGCUGAGGCGGAAGCCGAGGCUGUGAAAGUCCGAGGGGAGGCGGAAGCAUACGCUAUCAAGGCAAAGGCGAUCGCUGAUGCGGAACAAAUGGCUAAGAAAGCGGAGGCGUGGAAAGAAUAUGGAUCGGCUGCUAUGGUUGAUAUGAUGCUCGAGACUUUACCUAAGGUUGCUGCCGAAGUAGCGGCUCCGUUGUCACAAGCCCGUAAGGUGACUAUGGUCUCUUGCGGUGGCGGUGAGGUCGGCGCUGCCAAACUCACCGGAGAAGUCCUCAAUAUCGUACAAUGCAUCCCCGAACUCGUCAAGGGAGUCACCGGAGUUGACAUCUCCAAGGUAAGAAGGCACACAUUAUUCACAUAAAGCUUUAAUAUAAUCUCCACAAUUUCAAUUUUAUCAGUUCCUAGCAAUAAUCAUACGAAUUCCCAUACUUAAAAUAUAUUUGUAAGCUAAUAAUCCUUCGUUGAUUUACUCUGCUAGAAGCUAAUAAAAUAGAGUAUUAGCCAUGCAUUUUUGUAUGUCACAAUUUUCUCGUAUAUUCACAGCACACUAUCUGUUCUUCUAUGUCAAGAAUAUUUGCAGUGUGGUUAAUGGGUUAAUGUUUUAUGUGACACUUAACUAUAAUUAACAAAUUUUAUUCUUUCGUAUCAUGUCACUAGACCACGAAGUCGUGUAGGUAUCUAUUAAAUCUAUGAGAAACUAAUUAUCUGGUUACGCUUUAUCCCCGACUCGAGAUAAAUAAGAACCUGAGACUUAGCAUUCCGAUGUCCAAAUUGGAGAAUGGAACCGAAGGUGCUGCGGAUGACCUUGCGCGUCGCAUGGAUUGGAUACUUGAGGCACCGUAAACAUUUUGAAGGUAUUGAUAUACGGCUGGAAGAUUCCAAGCUCCUCGGGCUAGCCUGCAUUCAGGACACCUGGCGACACUUGGAAACUGGAUCUUUGGAUGCUCAGGAUCCUCAGUAAUAUCUCCUGCUAACCUAAGAUUUACUUCAUUAUGUGCUAUCCACAGCCAAAGUACAGCUUUAUCAUUUUCUUUCACGUCAAAUAUUCUAUUUCUUGCUGCCAUUGCUUGGAAAUGUCCAGCACAUUCUGUGCAGCCGAAAAAGUUCUUCACAUAACCAUGCAUAGCUUUUAAAACUUUUGGACUUUCUUUACCAGGUUUUUGAGCGGCAUUUACAGUUAGAGUGUGGAAUAGUGUCCAAAGUCCACAAGUGUAUCCACGGAAUUUUGGCUGGCUACCUUUGCACCUCACAUAUUCUAAAUUGGUUGUGUAUACUGGUGCAUGUGUUAUCUCCAACUGUUUAACUACUUCAUAGACUUCACCACCAUCCCAGCUAUUCCUUGAUGCAAGAGUAGUACGCAAUUCUGUGAUAAACUCUCUAAGAUUCCCUCUAAAAGGAAAUGAGACAAUGAUAACAUCCAGAUAGUCUAAGAGUGCUUGCAGAGGCUCACCAGUCAGGGUUUUAAAUCUAGUGAUUUCAGUGUGUAAACUUGUUUUAAUUGUUUUCUCCAAGUCACUAUAAUAUACAAGAUCAGUAUUGACAGUCACAGGUUUUUCAUUGGAGUGGUCAUUAGUGAGUAUUUCCUGACUACCAUGAUCACGUGCAGGAAAAGCAUAGUUUUUAGAUUUCAAGAAUGAAUUAAUUGCUUUCAGUAACCCCAACUUACUAUAGUCUUUGGGCACAAGUGUCGUAGACUCUAAAGUAGAACUGAUAGCUAUAAGUCCUGGAAAUUGUUUAAUAUUUGCUACUUCUGCAAUUUCACUAGUUUCAUGCACUCUCUUUACUUUAACAUUAGGAUAAUCAUUUAGGUCUAAAGCAAGCUCAGAUCCUAAUGUAGAAUUAGCAUUUUCCAAUACAAGAAAUGUGUAUUUAAUGUUGGCAGGCACAUCUUUAACAGCAGAUGCAUAGUCUGUGAUGGAUUCAAUACCAAGAGAAGGUGCAAAUUGUAGAUUUCCAAUAGUUUGAUCAUUUUGCAUUCUAGUGAUUAUUUGAGCUUUAAGUUUUUCUAGUGUGUCAGUUAACUGUAUCUUAUCACCAACAUUACCAUUUCCUUUGACAUAAUUCUCAUGCAAAUAGCGUAAGGAUGGGUAAGCCAUUACUUCAAACUGUCUACAAAUCUCAUUGUUUUCUUCAACAGAACAGUCAAUAACAGCUAGCCUUAUAAUAUUUCUCCAAUUUAUCAUUUCAGAUGCCAUGGCUUUAAAUCUGGGAGCAAAUGCUCGACAGUGUCCGCAAUAGCUAUUGUAGAAUUGAGCCACAAUCGCAUGGUUCUGCCCAUAAAUUUUCUUUUCAAAAUUACGAUUUGUUAAUAUAUCAACAUGAUCAGACUUACUAUAAAGUCCUUGUUGUUCAACAUCACCAUCUUCCACAAUAACUGCACUAUACACCAAGGCGAUUAAUAAAGCAUUAAAUAAAACUAUUGCAUAGCCCAGGUUCAUUUUGAAUGCUCUCGUUAACGGGAAGCGAGGCACGUCACGUUACAAUUAUUAAGUUUGCAGGUAGUAAUCGAAACACGGCUUUCGCCGGCGACUCCGGAGUCCGAACUAAAGAAAACAAGUGUAACACGAACAUCAUGAUAAUUCAUAGGCUAAUACUUGGAUACGUCAUUUCUUCUACACGAUUCCUCGCCUUGUUUCUAUUCAACCAAAAGUGUUAUAAGACAAAAACUAACGACCUACGAACCGUCCGGACCAAACUGACAGUGGCA